AUGUUAGGAAAUCAACUUAAAUCUUUGAGUUUCCAAGUUGCAAAGCAUGGAUCUUUAUUCAAAGUUGGCAGCAAUAAUGCCAUACGUCAAUUCUCAAAGAUAUCUAGAACUUCAUUAGCUACUAAUACCACUACUGGAGAACUUCAUGUUUCAACUCCUAUUGAUCCACCUUCUCUUCAUCCUCCUGAAGGUUCAUCUGUAUCUUUAAAAAACUCAUCUAGAGAUGAUUCUCAAUUUGGUACUAGACCCAUCUAUUUAGAUGUUCAAGCUACUACCCCAACUGAUCCAAGAGUAUUGGAUAAAAUGUUGGAAUUCUAUACUGGAUUAUAUGGUAAUCCUCAUUCAGCAACCCAUGCUUAUGGUUGGGAAACUGAUAAAGAAGUUGAAAAAGCUCGUGGAUAUAUUGCUGAUGUUAUCGGAGCCGAUCCAAAAGAAAUCAUUUUUACAUCUGGUGCCACUGAAUCAAAUAAUAUGGUGGUUAAGGGUAUACCAAGAUUUUAUAAAAAGACCAAAAAACAUAUCAUUACUACUCAAACUGAACAUAAAUGUGUUUUAGAUUCAGCUAGACAUAUGCAAGAUGAAGGGUUUGAUGUCACUUAUUUACCAGUUAAUGAACAAGGUUUAAUCAGUUUAGAUGAUUUAACAAAUGCUAUAAGAAAAGAUACUAUCUUAGUUUCCAUUAUGGCUGUUAAUAAUGAAAUUGGAGUUAUUCAACCUUUAAAAGAAAUUGGUAAAAUUUGUCGUGAAAAUAAAAUCUUUUUCCAUGCUGAUGGUGCUCAAGCCUUUGGUAAAAUUAAACUUGAUGUUAAUGAAAUGAAUAUUGAUUGUUUAUCAAUCUCAUCUCAUAAAAUUUAUGGUCCAAUGGGUAUUGGUGCUUGUUAUAUUAGAAGACGUCCAAGAGUAAGAUUAGAUCCAAUCAUUUCUGGUGGUGGUCAAGAAAGAGGUUUAAGAUCAGGUACUUUAGCUCCUCCAUUAGUUUGUGGUUUUGGUGAAGCCGCAAGACUUGUUAAAGAAGAAAUGGAAUAUGAUCAAGCCCAUAUUCAUAAACUUUCUGAAAAAUUAAAGAAUGGUUUAUUAUCAAUUCCUUCUACUCAAUUAAAUGGUUCUCCUGAUCCAGCUUCUCAAUAUGCUGGUUGUGUUAAUAUUUCUUUCGCUUAUAUUGAAGGUGAAUCUUUAUUAAUGGCCUUAAAAGAUAUUGCUUUAUCUUCCGGUUCAGCCUGUACAUCUGCUUCAUUAGAACCUUCAUAUGUUUUACAUGCUUUAGGGGCUGAUGAUGCUUUAGCUCAUUCUUCUAUUAGAUUCGGUAUUGGAAGAUUUACCACUGAAGAAGAAAUCGAUUAUGUCAUCAAAGCUAUUCACGAAAGAGUUGAUUUCUUAAGAAAAAUGUCCCCAUUAUGGGAAAUGGUUCAAGAAGGUAUUGAUUUAGAUUCCAUAGAAUGGAGUGGUCAUUAA